UUAAGAACUAAACUGUUUUAUAUUUUGUACCUUUUUUAAAUCCUCUGCACAGAUCGAGGUAUUGAACAAAUACCUGUUCCUGACAUCGAAGCCCAUGAUCUACCUGGUUAAUCUCUCAGAGAAGGAUUACAUCAGGAAAAAGAACAAGUGGUUGGCAAAAAUCAAGGAGUGGGUAGAUGCUCAUGACCCCGGUGCUCUGGUCAUCCCUGUGAGUGGAUGUGUCGAGUCUAAGCUGCAGGACAUGGAGGAGGAGGAGAGGAAAAAGUACAGCGAGGAAAUGAAGACACAGAGUUGUCUGACCAAAAUAAUCAAGACCGGCUACGCAGCACUACAGCUGGAAUACUUCUUCACAGCGGGACCAGAUGAAGUGCGAGCAUGGACCAUCAGGAAAGGGUCCAAGGCUCCUCAAGCUGCAGGAAAGAUCCACACUGACUUCGAGAAGGGCUUCAUCAUGGCAGAAGUGAUGAAGUACAAUGACUUCAAAGAGGAGGGCAGUGAAAGUGCAGUCAAGGCUGCUGGAAAAUACAGGCAACAAGGCAGGAACUACGUGGUGGAGGACGGGGACAUUAUCUUUUUCAAAUUCAACACACCCAACGCACCUAAGAAGAAACCAUGAGACCACUUGAUCACCAGGGGGAGAACUCAGAAUACUGUUUAGCUGGUCCCCUUAGAGCUACACUGUCUGCUGGUUUUCAUUCUUCUCUUAUGAAUUCAGAGGAUCAAGUCAUGGCCUGGUUGGUCAGAGGUAUUUACACAACCAGCCUCCCAGGUCUGGACCAGAAUAUAGUAAAAUGAUUAAUACUUCUGUACAAGCAUAGCUACAUUCCUAUCUGUAAUAUUUGGAGCAAAUUUUCACACUGUACCAGUCAAACAUCUCUGAAAACACUUUAUUAAAGCUUUCAUGAUCUCAAUGAAGAACAGGUAUAGCUGAACUGAGAAAUAUAGUAUUUUUGAUAGAGCAUGAGCUGCACAUUGUUUUCUUAUUGAUGCUGGCCCUGUCCUGUUUUAAUACGCAUCAAGUGAUAAGAGCUUGUCCUCUUUUUCUAGAUGCUUUAUGAUCAUUUACACCACAAUGCUCAGAGAAUUUAUUUUGUUGUUAAUGUAUCUUUAAGACGGUAAUUCCUCUGUAUAAUAACAGUUUGCCUUUCUGUCAUUAAUUGACCGUUAAUCGUCAUGUUAACUGCUGAUAAAUUGGCGAACUCUCAUCAACAUGUGCUCCUCCGAGAGUUCAGUUUCUCGAGUUGGAAAGUUGUUCUUCUGACUUCGGUGUGUUCAUGUGCUUUAAGUCAUGAUGUAAAAGCAACAUGGACGCUGUAUUUUAUUGCUCAAAGCAUUUAAUUAACACAUUUAUGACAGUUUAAAGCUCUAUAUUACAAAGUGAUUUUGUCUCAUGCUUGUUGCUGCACCAGUACAUCCUCUAAAACUACUGAAAUAUUCCUUAUCCUGAUUAAUGCUAAUAAAAAACAUUUCUAAAUAAUCUAGCUCACUCUACAUGGACUGCAACUAACGGUUACAACCUAAUACCAUAUUACAAAUUACACGCGAGCAAAAAGUGACAUGUAAAUUUAUAAUUACUAUCAAUUGAACAUAUACUUUCGUCCGCCAUGUUUCUGCAUAUAUGACGUCAACUCUUGCCCUAAAUCUUUCCGAGUUGUUCUGACUUUGGGAGGUGUUCAUGUGAAUUUUCUCAGUCGGGAACUAAUUUUUCUGAUUAUUUUGAUACCACGUGAACACAGGGUGAAUUGGUGCUUUAAUACAGCCAGGUGUGCUCAAUCUGUGAAUCAGCACCUAUAUGAUAAAAACUUGGUAAACAGUGCCACCAUGAGUGAUAGUUAUAUACAGCAUGUGUUGUUUGCUGCAGGUGCCUUAUCAGCAUUUAUUAAAAAAGGAAAAUAUGAGUAAGUUUAAGUCUUUGUCCCUAAAAUUACAAACUAGUUUCUCAGUUUAUUUAUGCCUUUUGCUCAAUUAAACGUUCCUGGAUUUGUGCUAAUUACAGUUAAGUCAUAAUACUUAAUAUGAUUACGCUAAAAUAUGCGGUGUCUAUCAAAGUUUGACUAGUGCUGUGUUUACUGUUAAGAGAAAAUGAAAUCCAUCACUCAGUGUUGCGCUUUGGGUCGGUACUGUGCCGUAUUCUGAGACAGAAGACUAUUAUUUUAAAGAGAGCAGGAAUCCCUGACAGUGCAGGAUGACACACCUGAGUGGAGAUCGUUGUUAUACACACUGCUUUUAUGGACUUUGCUUUGGGCUAGUGAAAAGAAAAAAACAAACAAAAACAAGACGACAUUUACAUUAUGAACUUCACCCCGUGUUACGAGACAAUGCUUUAUUGUAAAUCAGCUACAAGAGUGCUCUGUGGAUCAUCUGGAUUGUACAGCUUCAUCAUGUCUCUUGUUUCACCUCACUGCCUCCACAGUGUGAAUGUCUUUAUUUUCAAGAGCAUCCAACAAUCCCGUCAUUACACAUACUGUGGAAGAUAGAAAAUCCAGUGACCCCGAGGGUGCUGGGAUGUAAUAUAUGUCAUCCUCAUCAAUAUGCAUGUGUCAAUAAAAGGAGACAAACCUGUCA